GGAGGCCGCCGCCGCCGCCCGGCAGAGGGCGCAUUGCCCGCGCCGGUCCGCUCUGCCCUGCGGGGAGGAGGAGGCGUCUCCGCGGAAGGGCGCUCUGGCGCCAGAGGGAGACUCUAUGGUUGCUUGGGGGAGCCUGCGCCGGUAGCGGGAGGGGGGCCCGGGGGAGGUGACGCUCUGGCCGGCGAGCGGCGGAGGCGCGAGGGGGCGGCCCCUCCGGCCGGACGACUCGUUGGUGCCGAGUCCCGGAAGCGGCGUUCCCCGAGGCCGGGCGCGGAAUGGCGGAGAGUCCGGCCGCCGAGGAGGCGGCCCCGGCCCCGGCCGCGGUGCUGGCGGCAGGCGGUGGCAGCGGCACCUCGGCCGGCCCCGGCCCCGGCGGCGGCGCGGGGAGCCCCGGCGUCUUCAUCCCUGCCGAGCUGUGGGCGGCCGCGGGCUUCGGCGCUGCGCCGGCGAGCGCCGGCGUCGCCCCGGGGAGCGGCGGAGCCCCCAUCGCCGCCGCGGCCGCAGCCGCGGGCGCCGCGCUCCUCACGCAUUCCGCGUUCUGGGACCCCACAGUCAGCGGCGACUGGGACAGCGAGCGGCCCAGCCCGGCCUGCCUCCUGCGGAUCAAACGGGAUAUCAUGUCCAUUUACAAGGAACCACCACCAGGAAUGUUUGUUGUGCCUGAUCCCCAUGACAUGACCAAGAUUCAUGCAUUGAUCACAGGCCCAUUUGACACGCCUUAUGAAGGGGGUUUCUUCUUGUUCCUGUUUCGCUGUCCUCCAGAUUAUCCUAUCCACCCACCAAGGGUCAAACUGAUGACAACAGGAAAUAACACAGUGAGGUUUAACCCCAACUUCUACCGCAAUGGGAAAGUCUGCCUGAGUAUUCUAGGCACUUGGACCGGGCCUGCGUGGAGCCCAGCACAGAGUAUCUCUUCAGUCCUCAUCUCCAUCCAGUCUCUGAUGACUGAGAACCCCUAUCACAAUGAACCCGGCUUUGAGCAGGAUCCUUUUGGUGAAAAACGAGGUCACUUUGACUAUCAAUCCCUAUUAGUCCGUUUGCAAGGAAUUCGGCAGAAGGUGCAAGAGAAACAUCAGCAGGAGAAUACAGAAAUAGACUCUGAGAGCAGCUCCUCUGAGACAGAGACAGACACUCAAAGUUGCUCCAAAGCUUAGAGCUGUGUUACCAAUGAAGAGGCCAAGCUGUGGGAAUGUUGUCUUCACACUAGAGUACCCCUGACAGACUCAACAACCAAACCAAUGCCAGAGUGGAGAAAACUACAGGAUAUCUUCUUCCAUCUCCUUUUACUGCUCUGGUGGAUAAUGCUGAAUGAGAAGACUUCAUGCUAGACAAAGCCAAGCUUGUGACAGGCUACUCUUAAAAGGUACUUACUCUGAUAGAAAGCCGGAGCAUGUGGCAUCAGGUUAUUUUUUGAAAAUAUCUACACUGGUUAUUUUUUUUGUCUCCAUUUGAUUAAAGAACGAGAUCUAGACUGC